AUGUCGCGCGACCACACGGCGAAUAGUUUCGCGUCGUUUGGCUCAGACUUUGACCCCGAGCACGAGGCGCUUGCAUCUACCAAAGAAAUCGACGACAGCCUCCAACUCCCCGACAUGAAGCCGAACGCGAGAAAAAACGAGUCCCACCAGGAAGAGCCCGACUACGCCAUCAACUCCUCCAUGCUGGACCGCUUCUUUCCGGAAUUUUCGCAGAUUGGUACAUCAGAGGAGGACAACGACCACGAUGACGACGAUGAUAUUUCUCUAGAAGUUGGACGCGGUCCGAGCAAGCCGGCGCGUCGUCUCGAUGACUCGCGUAAUUCCUACAUGAGCAUUGAGAACAGUGUGCGGUCCUCCUCGCCCGCCGUUCGACUCGACUACCCGACCUCGCAUACGCCUCCUAAGUCCGCCAUGCGAAACACGCCUCGACGUGCGGUUAGCGAAAACCUCCGGAAAGAUGCUCAGUUGAGACGCGCGAGUCUCGCUGCUCAGAAGGAAAAUGUGGACCCGCAAUCGUCCAAGUCGAACCGCAAGGACCAGCGACGGACGCUAUCCGACAUGCAUGCUAAGGUCCGAGACUCGUACGAUGGCUCCUUUGUUGUCGACGAACGGCCCCCUGCCGUGACGAGCACGGCGCGCUCGACGCGAUUCGGAUCCAACCAGAUUGCCGACGCCGUGGAAAGAGCGUCGCAGGAUGCGUAUGCGAGAGAAUUGCGCAAGGGAAAAUACGCUUCGAACACGCGUAACGCGUCGAUGAACGCCGCCGGUGACACCGCUACCCAGCAAUCCUUCCUGUUGCCGGAUCUUCCCAACCUGUCUGAGUUGGUUUCGGGUAUUUAUGAGGAUGGUACCCCGGUUUAUACUCGCCAAAAUAGAGCGCGCACUACGCGUUUUGUCUCGCCGCCGCACGAUACCGCCGACGUGUCAUUGACUCGCGAACACAUCCCCCUGGAUGCCGUGCCGAUUCCCGAAGACGAGAAGGCGCUGUUUGUCUCCCUGAGACUGCUCCAGGACAAGGUCUCAGAGCUCGAGAGGUCUAAAUCCGAGGCUGAAAAGCGAAUCGAGGAGAUGAGACAGGAAAACGCGUCGUUGAAAUCAGGCAAGUCCCGUAAGGACAAGCACGGGAGAAGCAGAUAUAGCGAAGAGGAUGAGUAUGGAAGGGACCGUCUGAUCAACGAGAAUCAGAAACUCGACGCAGCCAAUAUGGCUCUGCAAAACAAGCUUGAUCUUGUUGAGCGGAAGGCCCAGAUGCAGGAAACCGCCCUCAAAAGACUGAACCGGGAGCGCGACAUGGCUGUCUCUCAGCUAGGAGUGGCAUACCUUGAAUCACAGGACCUCAAGAGCGAGAAUGAGACUCUUCGCCAGGAGAAUGCGGAACUCUCGGCCCAGUUGGCGAAGCUCAGCUCACAUGCUUCGAAAAGCCGUGAAGACACGUACCGAUCGGAGCGAACUGCUGCAAGCGAUGCAAGCUCGGAUGACAGCCAAGUGGACACUCAAAGAAGCGUAAGUGGGUCGCAAGGGACCAGGGACGUGACUUCUAAGAGCACUCGUUCUCGAUCCAAGGCUGGAAAGCGAGAGGACUCUCGGGCCAAGAUUUCCACUCAAGUUGAUCGGGAGAUUUCCCGUCUCGAGAAGGAGCGCGCAGAUGAGGCACUCUUCUCAAUUGACAUGCCGCGUUCAUCCAAGUCGAAGACCGAGAAAGCCGACAAGCGGUCGCAGUCGAAGAAACAGCCAAACACCGGCAAGCAGCGCGUCAAGAGAGUCGUGGUGGAGGAAGUGGAUGUGACCGAGCCUGUGGACUCCACUGGUGAGGUUACCAACAACACCAGGAAGUCUUCUGCAACCGAGCACGAUACGCUUCUCAGUUUCGUUGAUGAACGUGAAAUCGCUCAGUUGCGCAAGACCUUGGAAGAAGAACGGCUGGCACGCAAGCGACGCCAGUCGAACACAUCCAGAGAAGAGGCACCUAACGAUACCCAAAACACAAAUCGUGCCAGUGUUUCAAAGUUAGCAGCACCAAGAAAAUCGUCCCUCAAAGAAACCAAGCAGGUUCCCUCCAGACCGGCUUCUGCUAUGGGUGAUUUGACGGGAACGUCGAAAGUCAGUAUGGCCGAGGAAGACAGCAAUCUGUCCGUGCCGAUUGAGCGACCGCGACGCCACUCGGAUCACUCGACAGCGCCUCGCAAACGACGUCAAGCUUCGCAAGAUGUGACCUCUGCAUUCAUUCUUCCCGACAUCACCCUCAGUCGCCCGGACCUUGUUGCGGAGAACCCUAAACAGCUCCCCGAAUCUGCACAACGGGCACUCGAUAGUGCGACACAGCACAAUGGCAAGAACUGCACCGUUUGCAAGCGGACCAUUCCUGGCGAUCACUGCGACCACACCGAAGAAUCUGUGAAGAUCCCCAAGCCCGUUCCUGUAUCAGAGCGUAUGCCGCAGCCUGCUGUCUACAACGAGGAACCCACUCUACGGCCUGCCCAAGCCCCCGCCGCAGCUCUUGCUACGGUACUGAAAGCUCUGGAGGACGAGCUGUCACACCUGAAAAUACAGCUGGUAACCUACCAAGGAGCCUACAACAAGCUGGACGCAUCCCUCAGCAAGCGGCAGCGAAAGUCGCUGAGUGCGAAGAUCGAGAAGCUCCUGAAGGAUGUGGAUAUGAAAGCUGACCAGAUAUAUGCUCUGUAUGACGUCCUCGAAGGCCAGAAGCAGAAUGGACAAGAAAUGACCGAACAGGAGAUGGAGGUGACAUUGCAGUCGAUUGGCAUCGACACCGGAGCGGAAAGAACGGCGGAGGUGGCCGCCACUACCGAUAAGUCUGCUCCCAAGAAUGUUGCAACGGAGUAUGAUUCGGAUGACGAUGAAGAGCUUCCCUGGGAAGGCAUCGAGAGCACCAUGGACAUGACUGGCAGGAGUGGUGACAGUCGUCAUAAUUAG